AUGAUGAUUCAAGGUCUUGGUGUAACUGUUAUGAAAAAUAAAAACAAGAAACUAUCAAAUAAAAAUGGUUCAAGCACUAUGGUGCGAAGUGCAGCUGCAGCUAAGGUACUACACCAACGAUAUAAAGACAUGCUGGAACCUCUAAGUCUCUUCCCAGCUGCUCCUGUUGAAGAACAACCUCCAGUGUUUCAGUUAAAGCGUCCAGUAACUCCUAUUGAUCAAAAUGUUCGGUUGGCCCCGGCCACUCUCAAGGAACUCUGUCAAUUGAUUCAAAGAAGGAUCAGUGCAAAAACAGAAGUUUCAUCAGUUUCUUUAGCUACACAACAGGCACUGGGAGGAAUGAUUUUAGCAGAUGUAAAGAUGCUUUGGGAGGAGUUUUUGCACCAAUCUGCUGACAUUACUUUGACAAACGUGGAAAACAAAGAACUCAGCCGACGAAUUACAACACAUAUCAUCACAGUCUGUGAACAGUUAUUCCUUCACUAUCUUCAAAUGGUGGAUGUGGUAAGACAGCGCUCCAUUUUUACUGAUGAGGCUAACCUUAGUAGACUGAAGGCUCAGCUCACAGUUGACUGCACUAAGUAUUUGAAUUUACCAACUAUAAAGCGUUGGAUAUCUAGAGAAAUCAAGGCUUCACGCAAAUUAAUAGAUGAUAUUGAUGAAGAUUCUAAAAUUGAAUAUUUCAGAAGAUAUAAGCAUAUGGUUAGUAAAUCAAUGUCUCCUGAAGCCAACUUUUCAAUGAAACAGCUUUUCAACCUCAGUCGACCUAAGAAAACACCACCACCGCAAGAGCAAACUAUAGAAACAGAUCUUCAAGAGAUCAAUGAAAAUAUGCCAGAGCUGGACAAAGCGCAAGUUUAUAAUAUGUUGCCCCAUCAAGUUGAAUCAUCUGUUGAUCAUAGGCAAAUGGAAAUUGCUGCUGUACGAACCUCUAAUCUUUCAAAGGAGCAAAACGAACUACAGCAAGAGCAACAUAUAAAUCUAAAGAGUUUGCAACCAAAUCCAAAUCUAAGAAUAGGAACAUCUUUUGCAGAGGAUCUUGGUGCCAAUGGGUAUACGUCAGGUUUGCAGAGCUUCGAUAAAGUCCCAAAAUCUGAAAGAAAUAAUCAAAAAUAUUCAUCAAUUACUGAUGAUCUCCAGAAGCUGUUAGAAACUUCCACUCCAGAUGAAGAAGAUAGUGAUCCUGAAACAAGUCUUCCUCCCUUGAUUCAAGCACUCACAUAUGAUCAUACUCAGGAAAUUAAAAAACACACGCAAGAGAAAAUACUGAUGGAGCUUGAGGAGGAAGAGAAAAAACAAAAACUAAAGCGGAGAAGACAACGAAAGGGAACAGAGCAUGCACAGCCUGCCACUGUCAACGUCAGGGUGUCCAAAAAGAUGGUAGCACGAACAGCAGACGUUCGAAUUUCAGACAGAAUGUUUAUUGACGAAACCUAUCUUCAACUAUACCCUGCUGUAUACAAUCACAUUGAGGGAGAGAUUGACUCAGAAAUGGUAAAAGAACUGGACAGUGGGUUGUCCCAUGGGGAAGAACUCCAAGAGAUUUAUAAGGAGCUUUUGAAUACAAUUCCAGAAGACUAUCUAUUAUUUGACCGGGAUCCAAUGGUAACUUCUCCAGCGGUGGAUGUACACCCUUCCAAAUGUUUUGCAUCCUACAUUUUGUCCAAGAACAAAGAGGAGCGUGCCAUUAAUCCUGAACUGAAAUUAUUGAAACCUAAAUUUGGGACUGAAAGGUAUUUAGUAAUAAAGCAGGAAGCUGAAAGUGCUGCGUCUAAAUUUAUGAAUGAAUCCAGAAAUGCUGUUUCAGUGUCAGAUUAUCUAAAUUACAUUUCUAUACAGGGCACAGACUACUUAAGAGUUGCCUUUCAUUUAUAUGACAGUGAGGAUGAAGGAGAUGAGGCAAUAAAAUUACUUAUUGCUCAAGAAACAGAAUUGAAACAGAGACAAGAAAUGGAAAUUGCAGAAAUUCUCCAUCAAAAGGAGGAAUUUGUUGCUGGAUCAUGGAAUAUUAACUCUGUAAUGCUUGGUGGCCUCGGAAAGGAACCACAAUCACAAGUUGCCAAGGAGUAUGUAGAGGUUCAGAAGCGGCUUGGGAAGAAACCUUACCUAGAAAAUCUAGAGGAGAUCCAGAAUAGACUGCAACAUAUUUGGACCAAUCUGUACAUCCCUGAUUCGGAACGUCUUGAUAUGGCUAUUAAAUACAGUUCAUUUAAACACAAAAUUCGUGUUUCAAAGGCUCUGGAGGCGUGGGAAGCAGCUGUAAAACUGAUUAAAGAGCGAGAGUGCAUUUUGAGUAAACUUGAACAAUUUGAGAGAUUUGCAUCAAACCCUAAUCGAUUUUUUGUAAAAGGUUACUGGGGUACUUCAACCGCAAGAUUAAGGGAGUCCAAAGAGAGGGAUAAGCUUUACUCUGAUAUAGCACAAAUUGAAAAUCAAUUGUCAACAAUUUUGAAGAAAAUCAAAAACAAUUUUGAAGAUGUAGUUACUUUCAAGGGCCGGCCAUAUAUAGAGAAGAUGCAACGGGACAAAGUGGAGAUGCUCUUCUGGCUACAGCAAGAGCGACGGAAAAUUAUACUUCACAAAAUCUCAGCCAAUAGACCUUUACCACCUAAAUAUCCUUCCAUUGAGUUCUGCUCUUGUUCCUUAGCAGAUUACUGA